CGAUAAACGGAGAGAUGGCCUGGCUACCGAGCAGCUCCAAUGGAGCGGACAACGCGGACGAAAGGAGCACGGCCUCGAGCGGCUCCUCCGGACACAGCCAGACCAACGAGUCCCCGCAUUCCGGCCACCUAAAUGGCAAUGGCAACGGGGUCAUCCGGGAACCCGGGAGACACCCGCCAGCUCUGCUCCGGCAUGCCACGCCCCAUCUGCAGCCCAAGACAGAGUCCGUUUCGGACGGAGACGGCGACGCGGAGCUCUCCGACUUCUCGCUCAACGACACCGAGGAGGACGAGGAGGAUCUGCGCGACUACAUCGUGCUGAAUGGCAACCAGGCGGAUGGCAAUCGUUCACUGUCCAGCUCCCCGCGAAGUCACUCCCGCAACGGGCUGCUCACAGCGCCGGCCAGCUCCGGAAGUUCCGUCGGCGGAGGCGGCGGUGGGGGUAACAUCUCCGGAGGCAAUGCAUCCAGCGGCGGCGGAGGAGGAGGAGGAGCCACUGGCGGAGUGCGCAAGGUGUUCACCAACACAAGGGAGCGCUGGCGCCAGCAAAACGUAUCCGGCGCCUUUGCGGAGCUACGUAAGCUGGUCCCGACGCAUCCGCCGGACAAGAAGCUCUCGAAGAAUGAGAUCCUGCGCUCGGCCAUCAAGUACAUCAAGCUCCUGACGGGCAUCCUCGAGUGGCAGCAGCGGCAAGUGCCUGCACUUUCAUCUAGGGGUCAACUGGAGCCGAACAACAACGACAACCGGAUGACCAAUGGCCAUGCGGCGGACGGAGAGUUGGAGAACGCGGAUUUGCCAGCGGUGCGGCACAUAAAAUGUGAACGAACCGACGGGCAGCCGCAGCAGCGGAAUGGGAUUGGGAACGGAGGCAACGACCUGCUCAUGAUUGCCCCGGGAGCCAUAAUCAAGAGCGAGCUCCUGCUGGAGUCACCACUGCCACUCGGACAGCCGCUGCCGGGCACUCCACUGCCACUGUCCACUGCUCCGCUGGCGUUGGUGGAGUCACGGCUGUCCGGAUCCGUGUCCGUUUCCGGCAUAAAGCCGACUGGCGGCAGUCGGAGCAGCAAACGACGCCCCAAGCCAGAGGGCGGAGCCACCGAUCUCAGUCUGGGCAAACGCCGCCGGACGUAGGACGCAGCUCGGCGAGACUGGGAAUCUCUGGAGGAGUAGAUGCCGACGGGUGCCACUGUCGGAUAGUUUAGAUCGCUCAUAAUGCAUUUUUUUUUAAACUAAUAAAUUUAGUAGUUAAUGGUGUUAA